UCCACAGGGGAAAAGCCGGAGAGACCCGAGCAGGUCUGAGAUGCUCUCCCCGGGCUUCCGCCCGGGCGGGAACGCCCCGUGACGUCAUCGAGCGGCGCUGCGCGUCGGCUCUCAGCGCCCGCCCGGGAGGCGCAUCGGAACCAUGGCUGCCGCCGGCUCGUGGGAUUCAGCGUCGGAGCCCAGCGCCGCGGGCCUGCUCCUGAACCACUUGGUCGCCUCAGGAAUCGUCACGGAGGAGAUGUUAAACAUAUCUAAGAAAACAGACCCUUGCUUUGUGAACUUCUCUAGACUACAGAAGAUCACAAAUCUUCAAGCUGAAAUCUACCAGAAAAACUUGGAAAUUGAACUAUUAGAAUUAGAAAAAGAUACAGCAGAUAUUGUUCAUCCUUCAUUUUUGGCUGAGAAGUGUCACUCUCUGCAAAGCAUGAAUAAUCAUUUGGAAGCAGUACUAAAAGAGAAGAGAUCUCUAAGGCAAAGACUGUUGAAACCCAUGUGCCAGGAAAACUUACCUAUUGAAGCUGUUUACCACAGGUCCAUGGUACAUUUGAUGGAGUUAGCUGUGACUUUCAUUGAGAAACUAGAAACCCAUAUUGAAACAAUUAGAAAUAUCCCUCAUGUGGAUGCAAAUCUAAAGAAAAUGAGCCAGGCUUUAGCGAAGAUGGAUAUUUUGGUGACUGAGACAGAACAACUGGCAGAGAAUAUCCUCAAAUGGCGAGAACAACAAAGGGAAGUUUCUUUGAGUAUUCCCAGAAUAUUAUCUGAAGAAAAUCAUCCUUAGAAACAUGACUUCAUGAUGCCUUCUUCACUUUUAAUUUCUAAUGUCCAUGGCCAAACUGCUAAUGCCAAGUGAUCUUCAGCUUUACUUUUGCCUAGUUCCAUGAAGUCAUAUGAAGCUGUAUUUACAGGCUUUGCUGCUGACAAGAUGGAAGGAGUCCUCUUUAUCUUGAAGUACCAAGAUUUCAGGUUCAUGAGAACCAAACCAACUUUUACUUUGUUUUUCAUAAUUUCCAUCCUGUGCUUCUGUAAAGCUACUGGAAAUCAAAUGUUCCUUGAUGAUUUAAUGACCACAAGUGAAUUAACCAUCUCUCAGGGGCUAGGUUUUCUGUAACAUCUUUUUAGAAAAUAAAUGUUUCUGAGUUAGACGUUUUCUUUGAGUCUGAAAAUGUUUACAGUGAUUAUUCCUUACAGGGUCAUCACCUAAUGUACAGAAUGAACAGCAGUAGGCACAGUCCCUUUGUUGGGGGAA